AAACGACAAAGAUUUCAGUUUAGACCACUAAUUCAGUCAUUCUUUGAUGUGAGUACAAUGGGCUGUCAUGAUAAAUAUUCAAUCCUGGGUUACAGCCAUUUUUAGAAACUGAAAUAAUUUUUAUCUCGGAGUAAGGAGUGUUAUUAAUUUAAUGCUAAAAUCGUUUCUGCGCCCCCGCAUAUGGACAGACGAGCACAGAGCAUGCAUAGCAUCCGGAAGUUCCCGUUGCCUUGAGCACCAACACGAGAUACGCAUUUUCAGCACAUUUUUAUUUUUCCACAAAAUUUGACCGGGGUUUUUAACAUUUAUCUGACAAAAUGUGGGUCACAAAGACUCGCGAAAGGUUCCAAGACUUCUCGAUGUUUUGCACGCCAUUUUGCGAGGUAAUCAACCGUUUUAUGACGACACUAGUCACCAGUUUUACUCGGCGUCGUGCUCCAGAUCCCUGGUUUCCCGACAGCCUCCUGCGCCCCUCUCUACAUGUGCGAGAUCUCGCCUACCUCAGCACCAUACCCCUGAUGGCCAUUUGUAUUUACGUCAUAUCCGGUGACGUCACACACGGGCCGCUAGUAGUUCUGGGAUUGUUCAUGAUGACGUUGAGCUUAUCGAUCGCUGCGUUGUGUUACGCGGAGUUCUGUAGUCGAGUUCAGAUGUGUGGCUGCGCGUAUGUGUAUUGUUACGUCGCACUGGGAGAGAUAUGGGGUUACUCGGUCGGCUGGAGUCUGCUCCUAGAGCAUCUCCUCGCAGCGGCAAGUGCGACGAAGCUGUGUUCUCAAUACAUCCAUGUAUUGUGUAAUGGGACUAUAUACACAGCCACUGAGGUCAGUGCCAUAACUUGGGAAGUGAAAGGAGUAGGGACUGUCCCAGAUAUUCUAUCCCCACUUCUUGCUGUAGUAGCAGGGGCAUUAAUGUGCGUGGGUCCAAAGUGUACCAGAAGACUUUACGCCGCUUUCUUCCUCACUACAAUCACAGCAUUGAGCUUGAUGGUACUCGCAGGACUGGUCAACGCCGGGCACUGGCUCGAGUACUUACCACGCAACGAUUCUAUCAGCACUAAUCAUGUCAGGGAGACAUUCGCCGCAGCUGCGAUGGCCUACUACGCAUGCUCAAACCUGGAACUCGUCACUAUAGCAACAGGAGAAACGGAAGAAUCCCAGACACGUUCGCCGUUGGGGAUUCUCUUAUCGAUGGCUGUAGGGACGUUAUUUGUGUGGGGAGGAAGCGUGAUCAUAAUGCUUAUGGUACCACGAGGAAUCAGCAUGGCGGAAGCUUUUUCUGUGUCGUCACAUCCCGUUACACGUUACGUCAUCAUUUUUGGUGGAAUUACUUCCGGUUUCGGUGCGCUAUUAUCGUUAUUAUUUGCCGUGUCCAGACAGACUUACUUACUGGCCACGGAGGGAUUCGUGUUUGGGUUUUUCGGGAACCUAACGGCGGAGGGUCGCAUUCCUGCGCGCUCUGCGCUCAUAGACGCGAUUCUAGUGGGGCUAAUUACGCUGGUUUUAGACAUCAAGGCACUAAUCAAGAUGUUAGGGUUAGGGACUUUACUCGCGCAUAACCUGGUAAUGGUCUCGGUUAUCAUGACGCGCUACCAGGUCGGGGUGCCCAGUGUCAAGUACGAAGUGAAUGAACAGACGCGCAAGACGGACCAGUGGCUACGGUACGUCUUCUACACGCCUUCGACAUCAAAAGAUGACACGGAAGACGAUAAAGUCACAUGUUACGAGCGUAAGAAAGAUCACUCCCCAUGGUACCCCACCCCCGCCACAAAUCUCCGUGCUAACGUCGCCAUGGUGAUAGCCGUAGUAGGGAUGCUUGGCUUGUGUAUGACUCUAAGCAUGUCGCUACAACCCCUCGCUAAUUUUGAUCCCUGGACGCUGUUCCUGGUCGGUGUUUUUGGGAUGGUGUCGGCGGUGGGUGUGGUGAUGCUUGUGCUGCAGCCGAGGAAUGAUGCCGUCUUCCCUGUUAUGGUACCCUGCGCACCUUUUUUGCCGUUGCUCGGGGUGUUUCUAAAUAUCAUGCUGGUCGUCAUGUUGGGAUACCAGGCCUUCGUUAGGGUUAUCGUUUGGUUAAUCAUAGGGCUGAUGCUGUAUGGUUUGUACGGAUACCGCUACAGUAUCGAGGCCACGAGACAGGGCGCAGAGACAUCACACAAAAAGACAGACUUUAUCAAACUACAGCCUAUCCCUGUGGCACAGCAUGUAGAACAACAACAGCCUAACCCCUCCCCCCCCUGCGGGAAGAAGACUCUCCCUGUAGCUAUAAGAAACUAGCAGCGCAGAGCAUUUAUUUAUUUUUUCCAUUUAUUUAUUCAUUUCCACUAAAUAGUUCAAAUGAGCACAAGCAUGACACAAAAAGGCAACGGUAAUUCCUCAUGUUCCGCGCAACAAUUAGAUAUACAAUUUUCUAUAGGUUGAUAUUAUUUAAAGAGCAAGGGGAACAUAACUCUUGGAAAUGGUAUCAAUACAAUUUGGGGGAAAAGUUAUCUGCAUGUGUCAUGCAAAAACAGGGAAAUAAAAUUGAGCAAAAGGUAAUUUUUUCAAUACUCCGAAAAUAUAGUAUAAGUAUAAGAAUGGAGGAGCAAUCCAGUAAUUGAUAGUAUCAUUAUUUGAAUCAGGACUAUGAAGCAAAACUGAAAAUAAAAAGCUAAAAAAAUUUUUCCUGUUCCAUUGGUAUUCAGGCGGCCUUUUUCAUUUGGUUCACACGAAAGCACCAUUAUUUAUUUAAACUUUAUUGAUAGAUUCUUUAUUUUUAACCUUAUUAUCACUGUACUCUUAAUGCUGGCUUCAACUCUAUAGUUUAUAGAUAACCUUAUACACAACAAAACCCCGAUACUAUGUAUAUGAUAUGCUGAUAUAGUAUUUGAAAUUCGAAGAAACGUGAACAAUAGAAGCGUUUUAAAAUUAGAACAAGAAUAUAAUUCACUUUUCGGG